CUUUCUGGAAACCUGUUGGUGUACAAUGCAUAUGUUUUAUUUUUUGGGUUGACAGAGAGAACAAUCGGAAGCGUACGCUCUGGUAGACAAAAAAAGAAAGCUCCCAUUAAAACUUGCUCCAUUGUUGAGUGACACAUGUUGAAGCUCAGGUGAAUGCAGCUGACGUCCACUUGAAAGGGCUGACGUUUGGAGGGAGUGUCUGGAUUCUGCCUGAGAAAAAUCACAGUAAAGAAAACACUGCCGGUAGCUGGAUUCAGAUUUGUUUAAGCCAAGAAAAUGUUCGUGGUUAGGUUUGUGGUUUAACUUCUGGAUUCUGCUGUGGGAAGUUAUGCUAUAUGGAAAUGAAGAAGUUAUGGGAGCUCCAUCGGUCUCUUACAAAUUGGCUCCUUCAGUCAGAGUGAAGAAACCUGGUUUUGGUGUUACAUAUGCAAUGUGGCUGAAGACACACCUAAUUAUUGUCCUCCUUGCAGGUCAAGCUUUUGGUGAGCUAAGCUCCACUACUCCUUCCACCGUUACCACGGGUACAACAGCUGCACAAACUUCAACAAAUACAACCACUGAACAGACAGGAGUGUUUUACUUCCUUGAUGUCACUGUUGAUGUCACUGGACCGAGGAGAAAUGAAACUGAAAUCACUGCCUGGCUUGACCAAGUUUUCCGCAGUAAGCUCAGCGAAUGCUUGUUCUCAAACACAGGACCAACAACUGCUGCAUCCACAUCUCCACAAACUUUAAAUGUGACUGAACAAUCAACAACACCACAGAUUCACAAUUCAACAACAACUGCAUUUUACAAUGUAACGCAAAACUUUAACUCAACUACAAAUGCAACGACAGACUUAAAUGGCAAUAUGACAACAGCUGCAACAACGUUAAAUAGCAACAACACCACGACAGCUGCAACAACAUUAAAUGGCAACGACACCACAACAGCUGCUACAACAUUAAAUGGCAACGACACCACAACAGCUGCUACAACAUUAAAUGGCAACGACACCACGACAGCUGCAACAACGUUAAACGGCAACGACAGCACGGCAGCUGCAACAACGUUAAAUGGCAAUGACACCACAUCAGCUGCAACAACGUUAAAUGGCAACAACACAACAACAUCUGGAAUGUUACAUGGCAACGACACGACAGCUGCAACAACGUUAGACAGAAAUAACAUAACUACAGCUGCAACAGUGUUAAAUGGCAACAAUACAACAACAGCUGCAACAACGUUAAAUGGCAACAACACAACUACAGCUGCAACAAUGUUAAAUGGCAACAAUACAACAACAGCUACAACAGUGUUAAAUGGCAACAACACAACAACAGCUGCUACAACGUUAAAUGGCAACAACACAACUACAGCUGCAACAACGUUAAAUGGCAACAACACAACUACAGUUGCAACAGUGUUAAAUGGCAACAACACAACUACAGCUACAUCAGCGUUAAAUGGCAACAACACAACUACAGUUGCAACAGUGUUAAAUGGCAACAACACAACUACAGCUACAACAACGUUAAAUGGCAAGGAAACAAGUACAGCUAAAACAACGUUAAAUGGCAACAACACAACUACAGCUACAACAACGUUAAAUGGCAAGGAAACAAGUACAGCUAAAACAACGUUAAAUGGCAACAACACAACUACAGCCACAACAGCGUUAAAUGGCAAGGAAACAACUACAGCUACAACAGCGUUAAAUGGUAACAACACAACUACAGCCACAACAAAGUUAAAUGGCAAGGAAACAACUACAGCUAAAACAGCGUUAAAUGGCAACAACACAACUACAGCUACAACAAAGUUAAAUGGCAAGGAAACAACUACAGCUAAAACAGCAUUUAAUGGCAACAACACAACUACAGCCACAACAGUGUUAAAUGGCAAGGAAACAACUACAGCUAAAACAGCGUUAAAUGGCAACAACACAACUACAGCUACAACAAAGAUAAAUGGCAAGGAAACAACUACAGCUAAAACAGCGUUAAAUGGUAACAACACAACUACAGCCACAACAGCGUUAAAUGGCAAGGAAACAACUACAGCUAAAACAGCGUUAAAUGGCAACAACACAACUACAGCUGCACCUACAAUCUUGAAAGACAAAACUAAAACUACAGCGUCACAAAGCAACAGUCCAACCACAGCUACAAGUUCAACAUUAACAAGCAACAAUCCUACCACCAGUGUAACAUCUACAACAUUAACAAGCAACAGUCCAAUGACUACCCAAACAACCAUGCUCAUAUCGACAAGUCUGCCAAAGUUAAGGAGGAAACGUUUUGCCCGGGAGAUCAACAGCAAUUUACCACAAAGCAGCAAUGACUCAUCUUUGCUUUUUCAAGGAAUGGAGGUUUCCUGCACAAAGUAA